AAAAGUUGAGGUUGACGUAGGUCGAACCUUUGUCCGUGCGUCACAGCCGCGCGCGGUCGCGUCUUCCCUCACUCCGUAACUCUCUUCCUUGAGACACAAGCUUCCGUGACUGCCUUCGAGAUGUUCAUCCCGAGAGCAGUCAGGCUCAAGGGCGUGAAGGAGUCAAUAAGACCAAAAGUUUCGAAGCCAUCGGCAGAAUCCCAAACUGGCAAAGAUAGUACCAACAGCAAAGAUGGGCUUGUCGAAGCAACAAGCGACACAAGCAUGAACUCACCUGCUCCUCAACAAGACACAGCUUCAGAUGCACCAGCUCCCACUCGUGGCCCUCGAUUUACUACCAAACCCAUCACAGCAGAAUACAUUGCCCAAUUAGCUGCUGGUAUCGAGCUGAUCUUCACAGAUUACGCACAUCAAGAAAAUGAGCGCUCAAGAUGGCUUAAGAACAGAUACAGGGUAGUCGACGGCGAAGAGAACUACAUCCAUCUUACAGCAAUCCUCCAACAUCCAUACAUCUCGAAGCUGAAGCCGGAAGCGACUCAGAUCCUCCUCAAGCAGGCCCUACAUGAUCAUCCCUCUGGAAUCCUCGAGCUCUCACGAAAUAAAUACUACGUCCGCCGCCGACCGUCUACGAACCCUCUACCCUUCGUUCCAAAGGAUUCGUUUGAGAUUGUAGACGAUGAUGGGCUGAGCUUCUGGGACCAACGUACCAUCUAUGUAGAGCCGCAUCUACACAACAUAUGUCCGACCCCAGCAAGAGUAGCGCAGUGGCUCACAGAACACGGUCAGCUGAAGCAAAAGUGGCUUCCUAUCCAGGCGGUGCACACGCUCUGGAACAGCUGCGCAUUCGUUGUACUAAGUGGCAACGUGAUGCAUGAGGGGGCAUGGAACAAAUGGAGGGAAGCCGGCAAACCAGAGGACUGGAAGAUCAUGACCAAGGUCGAACACACAAGACGCACUGCCGAGUAUCGGGCGUUACUCGAGCAAGAGAAUCCCAGAGGCAUGCGCAGAAAUCAGGAGGACGACAGCAAGCUCCCGCCCAUUGCACGAUCCGCAACGCUCCCAAUGGCGUUUGAGCCGCUGCCCAAGGAUACAGCUGUCAAAUCCGAAGGCAAGAAGAAGCGGAAGCGGCGCAAGCCUGGGAAAGCUGGCGAUGAGACUGUGAAUGUUGAGCAAGCCAAGAUUACAAGAGCCCAGGGAGCAAGCAACGAGCCCGACGCAGGUAUGGCCGACGCAUCAGAGGAGCAGCCACAUGCCGCUGAGCCAGCUACAAGCAAGAAGAAGCGCAAGAGGAGGAAGAGCGGCAGAGCAAAUGAUGUUGAUGAUACUGUCGCAGCACCUGCCAAAGAUGACAGCCCCAGAAAGAAGCGCCGCCGGUGACCCAUGUCCACUGGGUGGCAAACCCAGCAUGGCCUCACGAGAGUUUCGGAUCACAUCAAAUCCUCCGAACAGACGGAUCAAUGUUCCCGCUGAGCCUCACAGAGGCGCACGCUAACCCCAGAUUUACCCCGCUUACUCGACGACCCUGACUUCACCCGAGUUACUGUACCGACGAUCGCCUGUAGUACUCCGAUUACCGGGGUAACGCGUCGACAGCUCCAAAGCUGAGGAGCCGAGGAACCUUGAGUCGACGCGAAGGACAGUCGUAGCCGGUCGAUCCGCCAGCUCAUAUAGACAGACGCGCUCAAGACCACAAUACAUUCACUGCCGAGAAGCUCAACUGACCAUU